CAGUUCUCCGGCAGCGACAGUUAAGAUCCAACCGCCAGCGAACGAAACGAACAUGAAGCUUCUCUGCAGCGUGCUAAUCCUGGCCAGCGUUCUGGCCGCCACCAAUGCGAAGCCCAACGGCCAGCUGCAGAUUCAGAGCGCCCUGGACCAGUACAUGGUGCAUGCCCGCAACCUGGACACCAUUGUCUCCCCGGAUGUGACCACCCAGUGCUUCAACCUGUAUCUGCCCAUGCUGAACGAGGUGGCCGCCACCUUCUCGAGCUCCUACCAGGCCUGCAUCAACACGGCCAAUGCGGAGACAGCCAACCUGACCGCCCAGGCGGAGCAGCAGCAGAAGGUCUACCAGGGCGAGGUCUCCACCCUCUGCAGCGCCUUCUCCGCCUGCGACAGUGACAACGACACCACCACCUUCUUCAACUGCUACGCCAGUGCGGCUGAGGGCGAUGUCUCUGUGAUCUACGAUAUUGCCACCAAUGCCGCCAGCUCGGCCAGCAGCCUGAGCAUGGGCAUCAAGGCCAUCCAGGCUACGGAGUACCAGUGCACCAACACCACGGAGAGCAACUAUGUCCGGGAUACGGCCGCCACCUAUGAUCUGCUGGAUAGCUGCCUGAAGUACGGUGUGCCCACUACCUCAACGGCUGCCCCCUCCGCUUCUAGCCCCGUCGCUAGCACGAGCGGGGCUCCUUCCACUGAUGCUACCACUGUUGUGGCGGCAUCCUCCGCCGCCCCAGUGGAUGUGACCACAGCUGCUCCAGCCACCACCACCGUUGCUCCUGCCACAUCGGCUUCUUCCUAGGAAGGCAGCACUUGAGCAGUUCAAUUUCAAGCAAUAAAUGAACAUUGAAAAUUA